AUGGCGGCGGCGGGCGCGGGGGCCGGGCCCGGGCCCGGCGCGGGGCCCUCGGCUGGCGCGGGGGCCUCGAACCCGCGCAAGUUCAGCGAGAAGAUCGCGCUGCAGAAGCAGCGGCAGGCGGAGGAGACCGCGGCCUUCGAGGAGGUUAUGAUGGAGAUCUGCUCCACACGGCUGCAGGCCCAGAAGCUGCGCCUGGCCCACGGGCGGGGCCCGUUCUACAGCGGCUCCCUGCCCAAUGUCAACCAGAUUGGCUCCAGCCUGCCCGACUUCCAGGGCCCAUCCCCUCUGGACUCCACGCGGAGCACGCGGCACCAUGGGCUGGUGGAGCGGGUGCAGCGGGACCCCCGCCGGAUGGUGUCCCCCCUGCGCCGCUACGUCCGCCAGAUCGACAGCUCCCCCUACGGACCCACCUACUUGUCGCCUCCACCUGAGCCCAGCUGGAGGAGGACCAUGCCCUGGAGCAACUUCCCGAUGGAAAAAGGACAUUUAUUCCGGCUGCCCUCAGCUCUCAACAGGACAAAUUCCGACUCGGCCCUGCACACGAGCGUGAUGAACCCCCCUCCCCAGGAUUCCUACCUGGGCCCCUCCCAGGCUGCCCCCCCGCCUGGCCGGCGCACGGGUUUCCUGGACGGGGACUCAGACAGCAAAGUGUUUCUUUUCCAAGUGCCUCCCAUCGAAGAGAACUUUGAUGACAACAAGCACUCGCUGAAGCCCUGGGACACCAAGAAGCUCUCGUCCUCCUCGGCACGGCCCCGAUCCUGCGAGGUCCCAGGCAUCCAUGUGUUCCCGUCCCCGGACCAACCUGCCAAUGUGCCCCUCAUGCCCUCGGCCCUCAACACGGGGGGGUCCCUGCCCGACCUGACCACGCUGCACUUCCCGUCCCCCCUGCCCACCCCCCUGGACCCCGAGGAGGCCCCGUUCCCCCCCCUGAGUGGGGGCAGCAGCACCUCCAACCUGGCUACCACCAUGACCCACCUGGGCAUCAGCGGCACCGGCACGGGGGGGCUGGGCUACGACCCCCCAGGACUCCCCUCACCUCUGCAGAGCUCCCUGAGUAACCCGUCCCUGCAGUCCUCCCUGAGCAACCCCAACCUGCAGGCCUCCCUGCAGGCCUCCCUGCGCGGCCCCUCCCUCCAGGCCUCCCUCAGCAACCCCUCUCUCCAGUCCUCCCACAGCAGCUCCUCCAUCCCCUCCUCGCUGUCCAACCAGUCCCUGCCCUCGUCCCUGUCCUCCUCGCUGUCCAACCCGUCCCUGCCCACAUCCCCCCGGAGCCAGCCCCUCCAGUCCUCGCCCAGCAACCCCAGCCUGCCCUCGGGGCUGGGGGGCUCCUUCGGGACCACGUCUCCCCGGCGCCGGGUCCCGCUCAGCCCCCUGUCCCUGCCCGUGGCUGGUGACUCCAGACGGCAGCACCCCAAACAGUUCUCACCAACAAUGUCACCCACAUUGUCCUCCAUCACCCAGGGGGUGCCCCUGGACACCACGAAGCUGCCGGAGCAGCGGCUCCCACCGUACCCCUACGGCCAGCCCGGGGUGCUGCUGGGGUCCCAGCCCCCCCCGCGGCCACCCGCACCCCCCCCGCGCCCCUACGGCCCCCCCUACCCCCCCCCCGGCCCCUCCCUGGGGCAGCCCCUGGCGCAGCCCCCCGGAGACUUCGGCCUGGGCAGCCUGGAGCAGUUCGGGAUGGGGGACAGCCCACCCGGGAACAGUGGAGGGUUCCCCGACGACCUGGGGGCCCUCAGUUACCCCCUGAGCGAGGGGGGCUACGACCCCUCUGCCCUGAACCGCCCGAACCUGAGCAACUGCAGCCGCCACGGGCCCAUCCCCAACAUCAUCUUCACAGGCGACUCCCCCCCGGGGCUGUCGAAGGAGAUCGCGACGGCGCUGGCAGGGGUUCCGGGUUUCGAGGUGGAGGGGGGGGCGCUGGGGGGGCUGGGGGGGCUGGAGGAGGAGCUGCGCAUCGAGCCCCUCACCCUGGACGGGCUGAGCAUGCUGAGCGACCCCUGUGCGCUGCUCACCGACCCCGCCGUCGAGGACUCCUUCCGCUCCGACCGCCUGCAGUGAGCCCAGCAGGCCCCCCCCGCCGCAGGGACCCCCCCGCGACCCCCGGCGCCGCCCCCGGGGCCACCCCCCGGCCCC